CUGGCCAAGUUGUUACUUGUGAUCUGAAAAAUGGUUUAACAUGUCAACAAAAGGACCAGAUAAGUCCUCCACUGAAGUGCUUUAACUAUAGGAUCAGAGUACAAUGUUGUAAAAUGGUAGAUGAACCAUGUACAACUACUCCCGUCACUACUAAACCUAGUACUACAACUGAAGUUCCAACUACAACCACAGAAUCUACAACACCGGUUCCAACCACAACAACAUCUAAAUCUACAACUCCAACUGAACCUACUACUACAACUGAAGUGAUAACUACAACCACAAGAUCGACAACACCACUAACUAAACCUACUGCUACAACUGAAGCGACAACGAUAACAACACCAAAGACUACAACAACCCCAACUGAAUCUACUGCUACAACUGAAGCGCCAACUACAUCCACAAUGUCUACAACACCACCUACUAAACCUACAACAACACCAACUGAACCUACUACUACAACUGAAGUGCCAACUACAACCACAAUGUCCACAACACCACAUACUGUACCUACAACAACAACUGAAGUUCCAACUACAACCACAGAAUCUACAACACCAGUUCCAACCACAACAACAUCUAAAUCUACAACACCAACUGAACCUACUACUACUACUGAAGCGACAACUACAACAACACCAAAGACUACAACAACUCCAAUUGAAUCUACUGCUACAACUGAAUUGCCAACAACAUCCACAAUGUCUACAACACCACCUACUAAACCUACAACAACACCAACUAAACCUACUGCUACAACUGAAGCGACAACUACAACCACAGAAUCUACAACAACACCAGUCACAGUAUCUACGACUCCUUCAACAACUACUCCUGCUCCCUGUAAUACUAAAAUGAAUAGAUGUGAGUGGUCAGAGUGGUAUGAUGUGUAUGACCCAAAAAAUGACAACAGUGACUUGGAAACAUAUGAGAACAUCAGAAAUAGCGGUAAACAGGUAUGUCAAGAUCCGAGCAACAUUGAAUGUGGAUCAACAGUUGACACUAGGAAAAACUUCAAUGACUUUGUGAGUGAAACUGGCCAAGUUGUUACUUGUGAUCUGAAAAAUGGUUUAACAUGUCAACAAAAGGACCAGAUAAGUCCUCCACUGAAGUGCUUUAACUAUAGGAUCAGAGUACAAUGUUGUAAAAUGGUAGAUGAACCAUGUACAACUACUCCCGUCACUACUAAACUUAGUACUACAACUGAAGCGCCAACUACAUCCACAAUGUCUACAACAACACCAACUGAACCUACUACUACAACUGAAGUGACAACUACAACCACAAGAUCGACAACGCCACUAACUAAACCUUCUGCUACAACUGAAGCGACAACUACAACAACACCAAAGACUACAACAACCCCAACUGAAUCUACUGCUACAACUGAAGCGCCAACUACAUCCACAAUGUCUACAACACCACCUACUAAACCUACAACAACCCCAACUGAAUCUACUGCUACAACUGAAGCGCCAACUACAUCCACAAUGUCUACAACACCACCUACUAAACCUACAACAACACCAACUGAACCUACUACUACAACUGAAGUGCCAACUACAACCACAAUGUCCACAACACCACAUACUGUACCUACAACUACAACUGAAGUUCCAACUACAACCACAGAAUCUACAACACCAGUUCCAACCCAACAACAUCUAAAUCUACAACACCAACUGAACCUACUACUACUACUGAAGCCACAACUACAACAACACCAAAGACUACAACAACACCAACUGAAUCUACUGCUACAACUGAAGUGCCAACUACAUCCACAAUGUCUACAACACCACCUACUAAACCUACAACAACACCAACUGAAUCUACUACUACAACUGAGGUGCCAACUACAACCACAGAAUCUACAACAACACCAGUCACAGUAUCUACGACUCCUUCAACAACUACUCCUGCUCCCUGUAAUACUAAAAUGAAUAGAUGUGAGUGGUCAGAGUGGUAUGAUG